AAGGCGUGAGAAAGUGCACAAGUUGUUCGCAACGAGGUUUGGUGUAUGUCUUGGGCGUCGAGUGCCUUCUCGUCCGUAGAUGUUUCCGUAGCCCACGUGUCAGGCACAGGCUCAACGCUGGCAACUGUGGUCCAUGACUCCAUUAUAACCAUCGGCCGCCUCGGAUAAUCGGCACAUGAUCUUGGUCUCUUCCAUGAAAGGCAAGAAUCUCGAAGCUUUCGAAGCACUCAAAUCCAACGACAUUGUGUUGACGAGUUAAAAUGGUUGAAGUCGGACAAUCCUUGCGGUACCACCCUAACUCGGGUGGACACCAUAUAUUCAACCUGAACCUAGCUCUGAUUCUUGUUUCGACAUUAUUAGCCUCUCUCCGUCUGUUCACGCGGAAGAUUGUAGCAAAGGCUCUGGGCUGGGAUGACUUCCUUGCAAUAGUAGCUUGGGCCUUGUGUGUCACAAUCUCGGCCCUCGAGAUGGACACGACCAACUAUGGCACCGGGGCCCAGAUUGAGGAUGUUCCCCGACCGACGCUGCUUCAAUUUUUAAAGAGGCUUUCCAUUAUGGAGUUGGUCUACUUCCUCGCUUCUGGCGCAGUACGCUUAUCAAUAUUGGCGUUUCUUCCGCGCUUGAGCAAGAACAAGAUGUAUACCUGGAGCAUUUAUGCCCUCAAUGCCAUUGUGAUCAUAAUCAGUUUGUCGGGAUUCUUUUUCGUCUUGACGGAAUGCUCGCAGAUACCCGAUGUCUUCAAUUAUUCCAGCACAUGGCGGCAAUGCAGGGACAAACGAGAGGAUCGAUCGAUGAUGCUGGCCCAUGCCAUUAUUUGCAUAUUUGUUGAUUGUAUGCUGGUCGUCCUUCCGCUGUGUGUCGUAACGAAUUACGUCAAAAUGGGCGUCAAGGCUAUACAAAUUUUGCUCGUGUUUUCUCUGGGUAUCUUUGCCGUCGCCACUGGAAUCGUUCGCUUUUCCAUCAUCGUCACAGCCGAUUUCAGUGUCAACACCACAUACAAGAUGCUUACAGUAGCUGCGUGGACCGACGCUGAGCUUCAUGUUGGUCUCUGGGUCGGGUGUUUCCCAGCACUGCAGCCUCUCCUCCGGCAUGUUACUUUGAUGCUCGGAAUGCGCAGCCAGUUGGACAGUACAGGCGCCGCAAGCAAGAGAAACACGAUGACGUCCACGGCGACUUCCAAUAGGAAAAGUGUUUUGAACAGAUGGUCACGGAGUACUGGAUAUGUACGCAGCGAGAGCGCCGGAAGCCAGCCGCUGGAAAAUGACGCCGGUCAAGUUGAGGCUGUAGGUGGCCUGUCUGAAGAUGUCGAGAUGGUGGAUCUCGAGAAAGGGGAAGGCGCUGGUCAAGUUGGCAAGCAGACAGAUAACUCGACACCAGGGAAAAUCGGGGAGAGCCCACGAGCAGCAGAAAGGAAGGCAGAGUCUAGUGGCAGAAGGUAAUGUGUCUGAUCUAUGUAGAAGGAAACGUGUGAAU